AUGAGAUCAUCCAAGUCCAACCAAACUGAUUCCAUACAGAAUGUCAGUUUGCCAAGCACUCCCAAUGAAGACAGGAGACUUCUACACAGGGAAAGAUUGAUACCGUCUUAUUACGAACAUAUUAGUGAAGAUAGGCCCCCUUAUAAAUCAAAAGCUAGUAAAAACGAAGAAUAUUAUCCUUUAAACAGGCUAAAUGAGGAUAAUGUUAAUGAAAAUGGAAUACAUCUACCAAAACUGAAUGCAACAGAAAUCAAGUUCUUCCAAUUAGUCGCCGAAAAUAACAUCAAUGACCUACAAACUUAUCUGGACGAACAUUCCGAAUUGAAUGUCAAUUGUGUUAAUUUUCAGGGCAUGACGGCACUUCACGUCGCAGUGCGAAAGAAUGCCGUGCAGAUGGUCGAAUUGUUGCUGGAGCAGCCUCGUAUAGAUAUCGGUGACACUAUAUUGCAGGCCGUGCGAGAUAACAGUGUCGGCGUUUUGGUGAUGCUGUUAGAAGCGCAACGAAAGCUAUCCCCUGGGCUGGAAUUCGCGGGGGCAUCUCACUCGGCCGAAUUUCCCGGGCACGUAACGCCAUUGUUACUGGCAGCGCAUUGCGGCCACCACGAGAUUGUGGCGCUAUUACACUCCCGCGGACACACCAUAGCGAGGCCGCAUCCACCUAAUUGUCUUUGCGUGACGUGCAAAAAGUCCUUGAUGAAAGAAGAUCCUUUAUACACAAGCAUGACGCGAUUGUCAAUAUACCGCGCCGUCUCAUCACCUGCCUACAUCGUGCACGUAUCCACUGAUCCCAUUCUGACGGCCCUUCGAAUAGCAGAAGAGUUAAUAGAAAACGCUGCGGCCAACAGACAACUAUCUGCAGCCUACCUGCGGCUCAAGGAUGACGUCAGUUCAUUCGCUGUCGAAUUAAUAGGUUGCUGCCGUACGUCUGAAGAAGUAGAAUUAGUACUUAAACAAACCUCAGGUUGUCAUGGGCAGCGGCAUUUCGUUUUGCCUCGCUUGCUAAUGGCAGUAAAUUACAAGCAAAAGGAAUUCGUCGCCCACCCAAAUACACAGCAGGUUCUGGAAUCCUACUGGUUGGGAAACUGGUAUUACUGGAAGCACAAAUCUCUGAUAUCCAAAGUAUGGACCGUUCUCACUCGUAUAUUUCUGACGCCUAUUAUUCUUCUCAUGUGUAUGGUGCUGCCUCGGCACAGCCUCGUUACGCACUGGCAGAUCCCGUUGAACAAACUUAUUACUCACACUUCAGCGUACAUAGUAUUUCUGGGUCUAGUCUUCCACAUCUCGAAUCGAGAUAAAACUGAACAGAGACGCGGGCCGCCGGAUACAGGAGCAGAAGGUCCAUUGAUACUGUACGUGUGCGGCUACACGUGGUCAGCAAUCCGCAUGUGUGUGAUGCAGGGCCCGCGCAGGUACUUUACAGCCAUGUGGAACUGGGCGGAGCUCAUCAUGUUAGCACUCUUUGGUAUUUCGUUUGUCCUAUGGGUUGCUGCUGCCUUCGAAGUGGCCAAUUCUGGUGACGAUUUAGAACGCAAAUAUUGGGACCAACAUGACCCAACGCUGCUAGCCGAAGGCACGUUCUGUCUAGCUACAAUAUUUGCCUACUUCCGACUAAUGUUCUUGUGUCAGUUGAACUACCAUCUAGGGCCCCUCCAGGUAUCUUUGGGAAAAAUGACGAUAGACAUUUACAAGUACAUAAUUGUGUUCACAAUAAUCAUAAGUGCAUUUGCCACCGGUUUGGCUCGUCUCUACCAAUAUUACGAUGGCAUGGUUUACGAAGACGAAUUUGGAGUGAAAACUGUUCAGGUGUCCUCGUUUACAAGCUUGGCCGACACUCUGAAGACUUUGUUCUGGGGAUUGUUCUGUAUGGCACCGCUGGAGAGCGCCGACGUGGUGCUGGCCAAUACAAAGACCCCCAACAACUAUGAAAAAGUCCAUGAGAACCGGCACCAAUACACUGAGCUCAUUGGCUACUACUGUUUCGGAUGUUUUGAAGUGAUAUCGGUGAUUGUUGUAUUGAAUAUGCUCAUAGCCACCAUGUCAAACACUUUCCAAAGAGUCAACGACAAUGUAGCAAUCGAAUGGACAUUCGGAAGAACUGAGGUUUACAUUAACUACAUGAUGCAGACUACAUUACCAUCACCUUUCAACCUAAUCCCCACAGCUUCUGGAAUGAGUAACGUAGUGGAAUGGUUGAGAGCGAAGCUCAACCGAUCACAGGGCAUCCACGCACGCUGGUCUCUUUCAUACUGUUGCUAUAUAGAGCGCGAUAUCGAGUCAAGUAUUCGAGAAGAUUACUCGGCGCUUAUGUGCGUCUUAGUACAGCGAUACUUCAGAGACAAAGCAGUUGUUCUGGGAAAAGGUGAUGUGGAAACGGAACUGAAAAACCUUAAGCGAGAACUCGCUGCCCACAAUUACAUCACAGAAAAUAGUCGUACUUAA